GUCGAAGCAACAUAACAUUGAAGCUGAGAUCUUUGAAUGUUAUUGUUAAGACGAAGCUGAAGCAGCAUUAGAAUCGCGUUUUUGUAUGUAUAGGUGUCAGAGGUUUAAGAAAGAAAAUAAAAAAAAAUAAAAUGAGGUCAUUGUUUUUGUUGUUGAUCGCUUUGUCUUUCAGCUAUGUCUUUGGUGAACAGAUUUUCCCUGUUCAUAUCGGUAGUAUAUUUGGUGGUGGUGGUGGUGGUGGUAGUGGUGUUAGUAGUGGCAGCUCUCGUGAACCCAAAUACAAGAUCGAAUUCCACCCUGAAGAAUCCCCUUUUCACCCUGAUGGUGACCAGGAAUCUUUAGUUGUACCAGAUAAAAAUGGACAGAAAUUUAUAUGUUACUUGCCUAAGGUGGAAAAGGAAAAAAGUGGAAAGCCUCUUAUCCAGCACAAUGUUAGCAGCAUGAUUGUUGAAACUGAGAAAAGGGUUAAACAGAAGACACCAGAUGAACUGUUAGAAAUAUUGAAGGGUCCAUGCUUUCUCAGACAAGAAGGUUGGUGGUCUUAUGAGUUUUGCUAUCAAAAGAAGUUGCGACAACUGCAUUUGGAGGAUGACAAGGUAGUCCAGGAGUUUGUCUUGGGUGUGUAUGAUUCGGAAGCAACAGCUGCAUUUAACCAAAAUCUUUCUGACAUUUCUACAUUUAAGGAUCCCCGCUCAAAGGAUGCUUCACAAAGGUAUCAUGCUCACCAAUAUACUAAUGGAACCACAUGUGAUCUUACGAAUAAACCAAGAGAGACUGAGGUGAGGUUUGUUUGUUCUGAACCCAGAGCAAUGAUCAGUUCAAUCACAGAGAUUUCAACUUGCAAGUAUGCACUUACAGUUCAUGUCCCUACGCUAUGCAAGCACCCACUGUUUCAAGAGGAGAGACCAAUAUGGUACACCAUUGACUGUAAUGUGCUUCCAAAAGAUUACAAGGAUGCUAAAGUGAGACCAGAAAAUGGAGAUAUGGAGAUUGUUAUGGUCACAGAUUCAGAAAUUAAUGAUUCAAAACAAUGAUGUAAAUAUACACAAUGUGGACAGGUAAAAAGAGAAAGAAAAGGAUGUAGUCAGCAUGUAUGAUCUAACAAUGAACAAAAAGCGACAUUUGAUCACGCUCUUUCUACAAGCCUUCCUUCCUAACAGUGGAUAGACAGUGCUUUUUAAUCUUUCAUUAUAUCAGAUUUCUAGAGAUGUAUAUUUCAUCUUAUGGAAACUCUUGGAGCAUAUGCAAGAUUUGUAUUUUCUUCUGCGCAUAUUGUUAUUAUUUGGAAAUAAGAAGAAAAACCAUAUUAUCUGUGAA